CAAAUGCGUUUUUGGCGUGAUAUUUUCUUUGUAAUCCACAAAGCUGUUAUAAGUACAUUUUUUAACUAUCUAAUCUCUAUUGAUCUUUCUUCAACCAUAUUUCACUAUUUUUUAUCAACAACAAUGUUUUCUUACAUGAUAUGUAUUUUUCAUAUAAUACAAACACAGAACUGGCAGCAGAGAAACGCAGAACUGGCAGCGACAGCAACCACAACAACAACAUGCAAAUGCAUCAUCACAUGAGGUUGUCAGCAUCGGCAAUGGAGCCACCUCCUGAACCUGCGAGACAACAACAUGCAAAUGCAUCAUUACAUGAGGUUGUCAGCAACGGAAAUGGAGCUACCACCUGAACCUGCGAGACAGGGUCCAGAACGAUGGAGUCGUUCUGAAUUUAGCAAUACCUGGUCGGCGUGAAUGAGUGAAGCAACAAGUGGAGUUUCAUCGCAUUCAUAAACUUUAUAUUUAGAGCGAUGAGACGUCACCCGGAAGCUGGACAAUCUUCGAUGCGUCGCGGUCCGGGUGUCGACGAAACAGGCAUCGGAGCAGCGGGGUGGGGGUUGAUAUUGUGAGAUCGGAUCAGAUGGGAGUAGUGAUCGGCGAUCGCCGAAGAAGCUUGCACAAAUGGUGGAGUUCGUUGCCUGCUUCAGGACCCUCGAUCAAGAGUCCAGGUGGGUGCAUUCCAUCGAACAAGGUUCACGACACACAAGAGCACCUGUUUACAGACUGUGGAAUGGCACCGAUUUCGGUGGCUCGACUGGCAAGAAACUGCCUGGAUCGUGGAAACAACUAGAUUUAGCUUGCGAACGUCGCUAUCUCUGCGGUGCUGCGCCGUGUUCGGUGCAGACUGCGCAUGAGAACCUUCCAUUUCGAUGUCCCCCACCUCCGCGUUCCGCGUCCCAGUGUGCCUACAUAUGCAGUCACUUGCUCCCUCAAUUUCAUCAGGUUCUGCUUGAUCAUUGUUCACGAUAUCCCUUCAUGACCAGUUUUGAAUCUGAUUUCGCCUGGUGUAUCACCGGCUCUGAUCAAACUUGUGUCGAGGGUGUUGCGUUUUGAUUUUUUUGGUUUUUUGGUUUAUUUUGUGUUAUUGUAAUCGUUUGUGUGGAACUUCAGUGUCGUUUUGACACUAUUUGUUCGAUUCCUUCCAUCUUUCGUUGAUUUGGAAAAACCUUAGGCUCGCAAUGGCCAUUUCUGCUCGCCGCAACACCAUGUCAGUGGCUAUCUGUUUGGUGGCGCUCUUCGCUUCAGUGUUUGUACAAUCAAAUGGACAAAUGGCACCGGAAAUGGCUCCUACGUACGCCCCUGAGAUGACCCCCGGCGCGCCCGUGUAUGCUCCGGCUCAUGCACCCACUUAUGCUCCCGAGCACAGUCCCCAAGGCUCGCCCAUGUCUCCUCCAUCGACGGCCCCCGUGGCUUCUCCAGUUCCGGAGUCUAGCCCUGUCAAUGCGCCCACUGCCUCCGAGGGCCCUGUCGCUGACGCUCCAGGACCCAGUGCACCUGAAUCCGCCGCCUCCACCAACGUUGCCUCAAGCGUGAUUAUCUUCAUGGGUGUUGCAGCUGCCGCAUUCUUAUAUUAAAUUCAGUACUGUAGUACAAGACUUCCGGUGAAUAACCCCAUUUUUGUUUAGGAGUAACGCAUUCUGUCGAAUGCAUCGCUGCUGAUGGUUAUGCGAACUUAGGGAAGUGGAUAUUAGGGAUCAUAAAUCUUGUAUGUCUUUCUCAAUUCAUUAAUUUGACCGUCAUAUUGAUCGCCUCUAA